AUGUCCCAAGACCAGCAGAACCUGUCUAACCUCGACCUUGUUGAAGCAGUUGACUCAUGGCCUUAUUUUAGCAAGGAUCCUGAAGCAUAUAGACGGCAUACGCAAGACUGUCAUUAUUUUCUCGUCGAGGGGUACGACGAACCGGUCGGUUACAUCCAUAAUGACUUUGUGGCCCGCAUUGACUGGACCGAAUGUUGGAAGAUUGACCCAGAGCGAAGAUUCCUUUCUCUGAAAACGGGUGGUCCCCCAUCCAUCAACGACUUCGAAACACGUACUCGCCUCAUGCAAGAAACGUUGGAACAAGGGCAAAGUCCCAAGAAGGUUCUAUCCCUAAAGUAUUGGGCGAAUGAAUUAUUCCCUCUCUAUACAUCAAGUGGAGAGCAUGUACUGGAUAUGGAUGGGUGUGGUGUGGACACGUUCGGUAUUUUAUGGGUCCCACGCCGCGCUUUCACUAAGAUGAGCUUCCCUGGGAAACUUGAUAAUACUAUCGGUGGAAGCCUUGCUUCUCGAGAGCGUACUAUCGACGGCAUUGUCCGGGGAUGCGAGGAAGACCUGUGUCUUGACCCUACUUAUAUGCGAGCCAACAUCAAGCAGUGCGGCACCAAUUUGUUCCAACUUACCAUGACGGAUUCGUUGGAAGUCGGCCGCCAGCACCAAGUCCAGCAUCUCUACGAGAUCGAACUAAGUCAGGACAUUGUUCCACGGAUUGGAGAUGGAAAGGUUGGGUCGAUUGAACUUUUGACUAUCGACCAAGUUCAGGAGGCUCUGAAAAGGGGUGAAUUUAAAUUAACAUGCAAUUUAACCUAUAUGGCGUUCUUCAUUCGAGAUGGCUAUAUAGACGCAGAAAAUGAGUCGCAUCUUGUCGAGAUCUGCUCCAGGCUCAACCGCUAA